AUGCCAGCUAAACAUCGCCAGCAGGCAGUUGCGACGCCUGCCGCAUCGGCUGCAAAGGCCCCGUCUGCAAAGUAUACGAAUAAGGAUGGAACCAAGAGCAUCACGAUUCCAAAGUCUUCGGCCUCUACCCCACCAGCACAGCCGUCGCCGACAACGAUGACCUCUCCAAAGGAUCUGUCCUCUGCGAAUACCGCUGUUCCCAGCGCUGAUGCCACCGAAUCCUCCGCGCCGACGAUAAAUCGAAAGAAGCAAAAGCGUCGCGCAAAAGCUGCCGCCAGAGCAGCAGCUGCAGCAGAUGAGUCCAAGGCAGCACAAGGCUUGAAUGGCCUUCCAAGUCCCCCAGCUUCCACGAUCAGCAUACCUUCGCACCCUGCGCCAUCAAAUAUAUCCCGGCGAGACACGAGUUCUGUGCCUCAAGGCCAUCUGCAUCAUUCUGCACCGGAAUCUGGGUCCUGGGAUGAUGAGACCGAGAGCGACGAUGACAGUCAACUCUAUGCCAGUCGGACUAACGGUUCAGCAUCGCAUUCAAAGGCAGCCAAGAAGAAAAAGAAGCAGAGAGGUCCGCUGACUACCUCUGUCGAUGCCUUUGCUAGGGAAAUGGGGGAGCGCAGCAGAGGCAUUUCACGGGACGAGAAGAUAUGGAACACAUCAUCUGCAGAGGAGCGGGAGCGAAUCAAGCAAUUUUGGCUAGGCUUGGGCGAGGAGGAGCGCAAGUCAUUGGUCAAGGUUGAGAAGGACGCUGUGCUAAAGAAGAUGAAAGAGCAACAAAAGCACACGUGUAGUUGCACCGUCUGUGGGCGCAAGCGGACGGCGAUUGAGGAAGAGCUGGAAGGCCUUUACGAUGCCUAUUAUGAAGAGCUAGAAUCGUUUGCUAACCAGCCUCACCACCAUCCAAAUGGGCCACCCAUGCUGGGCGGCACGCCGCGCCGACUAGGCCAGAUGACUGGCUUGCAUCCGCCCGGCAGCCUUCCCUCGAGUUAUGCCAACCAUCACCACCCGUCGCGAGCCCGCAUUGUAGAACAUAUCGACAACGACGAGGACGAAGACGAGGAUGAUGAUGUGGACGAGGAUGAUUACAGUGGGGAAGAUGAUCUGGAAGACGAUGACGGUGAGCCCGUGGAUAUUCCUCAAGAUAACGCACUCGACCUCUUCAAUUUUGGUCAGAGCCUCACAGUACAGGGUAUGAGGUCCCAUCUCUCCUGCUUUGCUUACGCAAAAUACUUAAGCAUAACCACUCUAGGUGGCAUCCUCACGGUAGCCGAUGAUCUCCUCAAAAACGACGGCAAGAAAUUCAUUGAAAUGAUGGAGCAACUUGCAGAGCGGCGCAUGGCGCGGGAAGAAGAUGCCAAAGACCACUAUACGUAUGGGCACACAAAUGGUGGUUCAUUGAACGCCCACAACCAUGCUCCGCCGCCCGACGAUGAUGACUACGACGACGAGGAUGAGGAUGAUGAUGAAGAAGGAGAAGAAGGCGAAUACGACUCUGGGGCUGAUGACUACGAUGACGAAGAAGAGGUAAUGAUGAGCAUUGGGCUGCAGAAUUUUAUUUACUAA